AGCUUUACUGGAUUCUAGCGGUGGGAUCUGAGGGGAUCUGAAACUCUCAAGGCGGCUUGUGGGAGCGUUUGUGAAUGUCUGCGAUGCAUGGCACUGACGUUAUGUUCAUGACUCUAGGGGUUGGCGAAAACUCAAGAGCAGUGACAACAUCGUCAUCAUGCACUAUGGAAAAUAACAAUGAUGGUCGGAUAAAAACAGUAAAUCAUAUGAUGACUGCAGAUCGACCUAAGACCCUACGAAUGCCAGACAUGACUAAGGAUUCAAGCGAUUGUCAAGCCGCAAACAGUUAUUGUCCGGAUGAAACGGGUGAUCAAGAAGGGCAGAACUGGGAAGAUGCUAAGACGUUUGACGAGGAGGACAAUUCUCCGGAAUCCCAAGACGAAAGUGAAUCUGAUGGUGCAAAAGACUGUCUUAUCAAAAAGGAAAAGGAGAAUGCAGGAAGAACGAAUCAGAAAGAGGAGCGGGAACCAAGGGAACCAAGGUGCACCAGGGAAAAGAGCAAAGAAGCUGAAGACGUUGUCUUAACUUGUGAUCGAGCGAGAGGCGGGUAUUACUUAGAGGAUGCUCCUUAUCAAGGUCUUAUCCGCUCUGCCUAUGAGCAAGAUGAUGCUGGACGAGGUCAGACACAUAUGAAGAACAACUCCUCGAACACUAAUUAUAGCCAGAGUCAUUUGGAUUACUCAACCAGCUCCUGUAACUCCUCCCCUGGCUUUUUAAGACAUCAUUACAGCUACGACCAUCUCAAGUCGUCAACCGCCUUCUCCGCCCCAAGUUCACCCGCCUCUAAGUACCCCCAGCGUAUGUCUGAGAAGAAACUGCUCCACAGGGCAGAGCACUCGUCCCCUGACUUAGUGAACUCACCAGGGGGUAAGGGUCAGGGGAGGUUACGAAAAAGCCUUUUUAAAAGAUUCUCAGGAAACAACAAGGAUGACCUCUCGGGAGAGACCAGGGCGGGGUCGAUGAGGGAGAAGAAGAAUCCCAAGAAAGUUGUGGAAUCCAAGAAGAAGGCAAGACGGACCCUUUCCAUGGGAGACGAUCACCUCCUCUGUGUACCAGGGGAGCCCAAUUCCAUCGAUGCAGUGAAGGAAGAGGAUGAGCAACCAAGUGACUUGCCAUCAGAGAACAACUCUGUCAACAACAGGCAAAUGGGAGGCCGCAAACCCAGGAAUAUUGCCCGGGAUUUAAAGGACAAGAUGCGUUUCUUGAGGAGGCGUCAUACAGACAGCUCACUACGAGACACGGCGGAUAAACUGGACUGCGAGAAAUCAUCCCUAGUACAAGAUUCAACAGAGUCCGACGUCAGAAAAUGGUCAGACUGUUUUGAAAAUCUUCUCCAUGAUAAAACUGGCUUAGAGGCAUUCAGAAAGUUCUUACAGACAGAGUUCAGCGAUGAAAACAUAGAAUUCUGGCUCGCUUGUGAGGAAUACAAGACUUUGAACACUGAGGUGCUGACAAGUAGAGCUCAGAAAAUAUUUGAAGAUUAUGUGACAAUACAGGCCCCUAGAGAGGUAAACCUUGAUUCUAGAACGCGGCUUGAGACAACGGCCAAUGUGAACCAUCCAGAUGAAAACACCUUCGAUCAUGCCCAGAAACGGAUAGAAGCUCUUAUGGAAAAGGACUCUUACCCACGAUUCUUGCGCUCGGAAAUCUACCAAAAACUUCUAAAGGAGUUCCUCAAGAAAUCCAAAUGAAGCUUACUCGUCUUAUUCUUCGUAGACUUUAAAAUGUUAAACGGUGCAACUGGAAUUAUGUGCAACUACAUUUCAACUAUUGGUUUAGUAGGAGGGGUGAUUUUACAACUGUUUGAUGUCACAAGCAAUUUAGCUGGAAAUUUGUAUGGAUCAAGGAUGCACUACUCGAGAAUCGUUGCAAUCCAAGGACUGCAUCUUCAGUCUUAAAGCUGUCUUCUCCAAGUAAUCUUAGAAGAUGAAGGGGACAGUACUCGAUGUGUCCAAAGUUCCGACUGAAAUCUUCUUGUCAUUAAUGCAACCCUGGAUCAGAGGAGAUAUGAGAACUACCCCUAGCAUCGGCAGAUCCACAGCAGUUGCCAUGGUAAUGACUAUAUAUUCAAAGCCAUGACAACUGAGAAUUGUGAUCUGAAUAGAAUAAGGAUGGUGAUAUCGCUUACCCCUUUAGACAGCCCCCCCCCCACCCCCCUUCCCUUGUAGAAACCUUGGUUGACAACAGUUGCACUGUCACUGAAAACAAGACUAAAGAUUGAGCCGAGGAAGAUGAGACCUCUACUCAUCUGUGUUUUAGCGUUCAGAAUUGUCUGCUUCGGCGUGUAUCCGCAGAACAACAAGUAACUAGAUAAUCGCAGCAGUCAGAUUGAUAGGAUAAACACAGUAGUUGUUAUCAUCAGAUUGGAUGAAGUGGAGAAUUAAACAUAAUACACAGACCUGAAAUUUCAUCUCUGAGAGAAUAUUCUGUUUUUUUUCUUUCUUUUUCAAAGGGCACAUUCAUUGGAAAAUAUUUAAGUGUAGUGGGAACGCUUGUUAGAACACUAAGACCAAGGCAACAGAAGCAGUGUUGUCUUAUUCAAGGCCUUGGAGUACAAAAUUAAAGUUGACUUCAUGUCGACCACAAGAACCUCGUUAAGAGCUGGUAACCUUCAAGAUGUCAGGCAAGGACGACUCCAUCCUUUGACAAGAUUGGGUUUAUUCCAACCAUUGUACUUAAAUUAAAA